AUGUACUUGAGUGGGGGCUUGCUGGUAGAUGAAGGGCCUUUGUUUCAAGCAGUGUCUUUGCAUUAUUCAGCAAGAAUAAUCCAGUACCCUUUUCUGCACCUUCCACUUCAUUUUCUGUCAGUGGCUGAGCCUCCCAGGAUGUGUGUCUGUCUCAUUAUUGUAUUAUUCUUUCCUCCAGAGAUCCUGCGGAUAAUUCAGCUGGACUUAGACCUAAAGUACAAGACCAACAUCCGGGAAUUGUUUGAGGAGUUCGAUAACUUCCUGCCCGGCGCCGUCAUUGGCAUAGCAAGGGAGAUGCAGCCAGUGUACAGGCACACAUUCUGGCAGUUCCGUCAUGAGAACCCCAAGACCCGGGUCGGGGGCCCUCCCCCUGAGGGGCUCCCCGGCUUCAACAGCGGGGUGAUGCUGCUCAACCUGGAGGCCAUGCGCCAGUCCCCACUGUACGGCCGCCUGCUGGAGCCGGCACAGGUGCAGCAGCUGGCCGACAAGUACCACUUCCGGGGUCACCUCGGGGACCAGGACUUCUUCACCAUGAUCGGCAUGGAGCACCCCGAGCUCUUCCACGUGCUGGACUGUACCUGGAACCGGCAGCUUUGCACCUGGUGGAGGGACCAUGGCUACAGAGAUGUCUUCGAUGCCUACUUCCGGUGUGAGGGCCACGUCAGGAUCUACCACGGGAACUGCAACACCCCUAUCCCAGAGGCCUAGGCGCCUCCUCGCCCGCCAUGCCCUCGGGCUCGGGAUCUGGGGAAGGAGAGGGGCGCCUCUCGGACAGGCCCGGGGCAGUGUCUAAACUCCUAGAGAGACACUGCAGGGACGUCCUUGUGAUCAGGUGCUGCAGCUCUCCCAGCACACGUUGCUGUCCUGAAGCCAUCCAGUGACGACUGGACCCUUUGCCCCCACCGGUGCUCUGGACCGUCUGCCUCCAGGGGCCAGGUGUCAUGAAGGACAAACACAGAGACCUCCUCCGGUGGGCUAGGAAGCGAGCAUUUGAAAAGAAGGAAGAAAAACAAAACGGUGCCCCUUGCCUUCAGCCCCCAAAGAAUGGAAAUCCUUUUAAGAACUGGGCUUUCUUCGACCAAAUAUAAACUUAUUUUAAAUCGACAGGUGAGACAGAGCAAACAGUACUGCUGUAGCUCCCAGUGAGCUCUAAAUGCGUGAGCCAGGGUUUUAACAACCAGCCCAGAGUUUAAGCAUCCAAAGGAAUGCUGGCCUUCCACACGCGCGUCGUAGGAGGCUGUGUGGUUAGUCUCACGAUGCUCGUGGUGCCUGGUGGAGAUGUGGAGAUCCCACCUCCUUGGGGAGGGCCUUCAGCAGCACCUGUGGCCCACAUAAGAAAACUGGUCUCAUUAUUUUAACCUUCACAGCAUUUACAUCCCAACUGCAUCACAGAACCUCAUAAUCCCGUAUUCAUCUGAUCCAGCUCCAGGUGACCAGACUCUGCUCUGAAAUCAGAUCUGCCAUCAAAGAAGAGAUUGGCCACCCACAAGGACAGGUGAUGGAAUUGUCUGGAUUGGGAAGACUCAUUCCAAAGAGGAGCCCAGCAGUGCCCUAGUGUAACCAUGCAGCUUGGAAGGGGUGUCGCUCUUAGACUUAUAAGCAUUCUAGUCUCUUUAUGUGGAAGAAUCAUCCUUGUGACUUUAUUGCACCAGGUCAGACCCUAUACCUUACAAGAAAUUAGGCUGUCAUUACUUGAUUUCUGCUUUAAUGAGUUCUCCUGUAAGUGAGCUACAAACACGAAGCCUCUAUUGGUCCAUUUUGUAUAAUCCACCUGAGGUCCUUGGGGAAGAAGUGUUGUUGGAUUUUCAUCUUAUUUUAUUUCAAUUUCAUUUAUUUUAUUUUUUUCCACCAUGAGUGAGAAUAGCUAAUAAAUAAUCUUUGAGAACA